CAGAACGAGUUUUAUAAGAUUUCAUGCUUCCACUGUCUUCCUGAGAGCCUUCACGGGCAAUGGCUAUUGGGCACCAUGCGGCUGACAAUCCAAGGAACGGUUCCAGAGCCUUUGCAAUUUCUGUGCGAGCUUCUACCGGAUCGAUUGAUCGGACUGUAGACAGUUUGUCGAUAGAUCUUGAUGUAAUAGACUGCACUCGUUUGUGAAGUUCACUGGAAAGCUGAAGCGCGUCUAUCGGUGAAGCCGAAGAGCAUAGAAUCUGUGCAGACAGCAAGCAAAGCCGUAUAGGCCCCAUAA